AUGGGUGUACAAGGUUUGUUACCUCAGCUUAAACCGAUCCAGCAGCCGGUUUCGUUGGCGAGAUAUAAAGGACAAACUUUAGCCAUUGAUGGGUAUGCAUGGCUUCACCGAUCGGCACACUCGUGUGCCAUGGAAUUGGCACUUGGAAAGCCCACAUCUAAAUAUUUGGAAUUUUUUAUUCGAAGAUUGAACAUGUUACGCAACAAUUUCAAUGUACAACCUUAUUUGGUAUUCGACGGAGAUUCUAUAAAUGUGAAAGGUGACGUGGAGUCUAAGAGAAGACAGAAAAGGGAAGAAAAUUUGGAAAAGGGUUUGAAAUUGUACAAUUCUGGUGAUAAAAGCGGUAGUUACGAAUUUUUCCAGAAAUGCGUCGAUAUUACGCCAGAAAUGGCCAAAUGCAUAAUUGAGUAUUGCCAAGUACAGCACAUUCCAUAUAUCGUGGCGCCGUUUGAGGCGGAUGCUCAGAUGGUUUACUUGGAGCAAAAUGGUAUAGUAGAUGGCAUAAUCUCGGAAGAUUCAGAUCUACUCGUUUUUGGGUGCCGAAAGUUAAUUACAAAACUUAACGACCGAGGAGAGUGUAUUGAGAUUUGUAGAGACGAGCUUCAUCAUUUACCAAGUAGAUUUCCACUCGGUACUUUGAAACCAGACGAAUUUCGCACGGUUGUUUGUUUGUCAGGGUGUGAUUAUACAUCAGGGAUACCACAAGUGGGCUUACUCACGGCGAUGAAAAUGGUACUUCGAUCAAAAAGCAUGGAAAAGGUGUUGGCGCGAAUUCGACUUGAUGGCAAGUUCCAGAUACCUGCUCAAUUUGCAACUGAGUAUGAAUUGGCCAAUUACGCUUUUCAGUUUCAGCGGGUUUUUUGUCCCAAGCAGCAAAAAAUGGUGACAUUGAACCCGGUCCCAGAUUCGUUGCGAAACGAGACUAAUCUUUAUCAAUGUAUUGGAAGAGCGGUUUCCAUCUCUACAGGUGAGAAAUCUUUUAUCAUUGACGACAAUGAUUUGGAUCAUAAAAUUCAUGCCCGAAUAGCUCGUGGAGAACUCAAUCCGCAUCAGUUCACAAAACCAUUAGUCAACCGGGAGCGGAAACUACGCAUUUCUUCACAAUCCAUGCCCAUUUUAAAGAAACCUGCAUUAGCAGCCGGGAAAAUUGACUCUUUCUUCUCGAGAACUACUGUUUCAGUUUCUACAGGAAUAAGUGGGCCGUCCAUUGCAUCAAAAAACGAAAAAGAAGUACGCACACAGCACGAACGUAAGCUCAAUGGAAUUGUGGAGAGACGUAAGCUGAGUGAUUCCAAGUGCAAUAACAAGAACGGUGUAUCGAGCAAGUUUUUCCGUGCUUCGGACGCGACAGCCGCUGCUGCCGUGCCCGCAAGCUUAGUAGCCACUUCGAAGCUUGGACUUCGUGUAGCUAAUGCUGGUCGUAGCACAGGCCCAAUCCAAGAAACAUCCUCGAGCGAUAUAGAAGAGUUCCAAGAUGAUAUCUCGACGGAAAUACCCAGCUCGCUUGUUUCGACAGAAGUUCCGGGGUCGCUCAUUCCCAGCUCGCUCGCACCCACGGAAGUCGAUAAUGAAACUUCAAGCAUUAGCGAAGAAGACUCCGAGAUAUUGGACGAAGUCGACGAACAUGCGAAAACUAGACCUGCAAAAAGACUUGAAUCGUAUCCACAGAAGAGACACUGUGCAUCGCUCGCUGAUCUCAGAGAUACGUAUAGCUACGGCCGCCGUGCUCCUCUUUCAGAACGAAACAUAAACGUGACUAGUUCUCAACCAUCAAAAGCUAUUAUGCCCAGCAAAUUAGACAUCUUGUCCAAAGUACAGAAUUUAUCAGACUCUCCACCUCUUCGUCGCCAGGCCACGAGAUCUGUGAGUCUUUCAGAAUUCGUCUACAGGGGAGGUUAG